ACAGAAAACAUGAUAAUUUUGUAAAUUUUUAGAGAUUGAAUUUGAGCGGCGGGUUUCAGGAGGGGGGAAAAAAUUAGUUCAGCAACGGGAAAAUCUCUCGCGCCAUGAACACACUCCUCCAAAUUACUUCCACCUUCACUCCACUUUCUCUCUCCUCCUUUACACUUCUCCCUUCUUCUCAUUCAUCCUCAACAAUCCAAUACUCCAAAUUAGGGUUUUGUUCCCCCAAAUUACUUCGCAUUUCCCAAUUUCACCCCUCCUUUCAAUCCCCAAACUCCCUCUCUUCCGUCGAAAACCAACUUUCCGACGCCGACGAAGAUGAAUUCGACGACGAAGAUGAUGAAGCUGCCGAAGAAUAUGAUGAAAUUUCCGGCGAUGUUACGGGAAUUUCCGGCGACUUGGAGGAAGACGACGAAGUCGACACUCAGGAAGCUGAACUAAACGCGUCGUUCUGGAGUAGCAAUGAUUCUAAGUUAGAGAGAGUUCAGAAAUUGUGUGAUGAAGUUAAAGAAUUUGGUUCUGGAUUUAUUGACGUCGAUGAACUCGCCUCCAUUUACGAUUUCCGUAUCGACAAAUUUCAGAGACUGGCUAUAAAAGCAUUUCUGAGAGGUUCUUCGGUGGUGGUUUCUGCACCGACAAGUAGUGGGAAAACGUUAAUAGCAGAGGCUGCGGCGGUUGCCACCGUAGCUAAAGGAAAGCGGCUGUUCUAUACUACUCCACUUAAAGCCCUGUCGAAUCAAAAAUUCCGCGAGUUUCGGGAUACAUUUGGAGAUAGUAAUGUUGGCCUCUUGACGGGAGAUUCGGCUAUUAAUAAAGAUGCUCAAGUUUUGAUCAUGACAACUGAAAUUUUGCGGAACAUGUUGUAUCAGAGUGUUGGAGUUGUUUCUUCUGGCAGUGGGCUAUUUGAUGUUGAUGUAAUUGUUUUGGAUGAAGUACAUUAUUUAAGUGACAUAUCUCGCGGUACUGUUUGGGAGGAGACAGUUAUUUAUUGCCCAAAAGAAGUUCAGCUUAUUUGUCUAUCAGCAACCGUUGCAAAUCCUGAUGAGUUAGCUGGUUGGAUCGGCCAGAUUCAUGGUAAAACAGAAUUGGUAACAUCAUCGAAACGUCCUGUACCAUUGACGUGGUUUUUUUCUACGAAGAGCUCUUUACUUCCUCUUCUUGAUGAGAAAGGGACAAGUAUGAACAGGAAGCUUUCAGUCAACUAUUUACGCCUUUAUGCUUCUGGGGAGAAAUCUUACAAAGAUGAGGGUUCUAGGCGUAGAAAUUCCAGAAGACGCAAGGAUGAAAGUGAUUUGAUCUAUGAGGAGUAUGGUAUCUCUGCUGGACAGUCUUCUCUGUCAAAAAAUGACAUAAACAUGAUCCGGCGUUCACUAGUUCCUCAGGUUGAAGAUACACUGGAACAUCUUAGAGGAAGGGAUAUGCUACCUGCAAUUUGGUUUAUUUUUAGCAGAAAAGGUUGUGACGCUGCUGUCCAAUAUCUUGAUGGUUCCAAGCUUCUAGAUGAGUGUGAGAAAGUUGAAAUGGAUUUGGCCCUGAAACGGUUUCGUAUCAAGUAUCCUGAUGCUGUCAGAGAAGCUGCUGUAAAGGGCCUCCGACAGGGUGUUGCUGCGCAUCAUGCUGGCUGUCUUCCCCUCUGGAAAUCGUUUAUAGAAGAGCUUUUUCAGCGGGGCCUCAUUAAGGUUGUUUUUGCCACGGAAACGCUUGCUGCUGGGAUUAACAUGCCCGCUAGAACAGCUGUGAUUGCUUCUCUCAGCAAAAGGAGUGAAGCUGGACGUAUCCAACUAAGAUCCAAUGAGCUGCUUCAGAUGGCAGGCCGAGCUGGACGCCGAGGGAUAGAUGAAAAGGGUCAUGUAGUGCUUAUUCAGAGUCCUUUUGAAGGUGCUGAAGAAUCCUGCGAGCUUCUAUUUUCGGGUGUUGAGCCUCUUGUUUCACAGUUUACUGCUUCAUAUGGAAUGGUUCUGAACCUUCUUGGGGGGGCAAAAGUUACUCGGCGAUCGAAUGAAGCAGAUGGCAUCAGGAUUUCACAAGCAGGACGAACAUUGGAAGAAGCAAGGAAGCUAGUUGAGCAAAGUUUUGGCAACUAUCUUGGGAGCAAUGUAAUGCUUGCUUCAAAAGAGGAGCUUAGCAGAAUUCAGAAAGAAAUAGAGUUAUUAUUUGCUGAAGUCAGUGAGGAUGCAUUUGAUAGGAAAAUCAGGAAAUUGCUGCCAGAAUCUGCGUAUCAAGAGAUAUCUGGUUUGCAGGAAGAAUUAAGGGAAGAAAAACGUCUCCGAGUUGAAUAUCGACGAAGGAUGGAAUUGGAGAGGAUGUCUUCUAUAAAACCUUCAUUGAAGGAGUCGGGAAAUGAAUCCUUACCUUUUUUGUGUCUGGAAUACAAAGAUACUGAUGGUGUUGAGCACUCCAUCAUUGCUGUAUACUUGACAGAGGUUCAUUCACUUGAUGGAUCGAAAAUAAAGAACCUUGUGCAGAACGAUGAUUCAUUUAAGCUGAACAUAGUGGACAAAGAACUAAGUACCGGUGCUGCUGGAAGGCUGCCAUGUUUCGAGCCUUCUUAUCAUGUCGCUCUCGGUUCAGAUAAUUCUUGGUAUCUUUUCACUGAAAAGUGGGUCAAAGCAGUAUACAAAACAGGUUUUCCAAAUAUGGCUUUGAAUGAAGGUGAUGCUUUGCCAAAGGAAAUCAUGACCAUGCUUCUUGAUAAGGAAGGAAUGGAGUGGACCAAACUUGUUGAUUCUGAACUCGGCAGUUUAUGGAGUAUGGAAGGAUCCCUGGAGACAUGGUCUUGGAGUUUAAAUGUUCCGAUGUUGAGUAGCCUACCUGAAGAAGAUAAGGCAUCACUCAUGUCACCAGCACAACUUGAGGCAGUAGAAUGCUACAGGAAGCAAAGAAACAAAGUUUCACACUUGAAGAAAAAGAUAACUCGUACAGAAGGCUUCAGAGAAUACAAGAAAAUUGUUGAUAUGUCAAAGAUAACCGUGGGAAAGAUUAAGCGCCUGAAGAGCAGAGAGAAACGCUUGAUUGAUCGAAUUGAGCAGAUUGAACCCUCGGGAUGGAAAGAGUUUUUGCAGAUUAGCAAUGUUAUCCAUGAAACUAGGGCAUUAGAUAUCAACACAAAUGUGAUAUUUCCUCUGGGAGAAACUGCAUCUGCAAUUCGAGGGGAAAAUGAACUUUGGCUGGCAAUGGUUCUCCGAAACAGAGUACUGGUGGACUUAAAACCAGCACAACUAGCAGCUGUCUGUGGGAGCCUAGUUUGUGAUGGGAUAAAACUCCGACCAUGGAAGAAUAACAGCUUUCUGUAUGAGCCUUCUUCCACUGUGAUCAACAUUAUAAAUUUUUUGGAAGAGCCAAGGAAUUAUCUUUUGCAGCUUCAAGACAAACAUGAUGUACAGAUAUCUUGCUGCUUGGAUAGCCAAUUCUCUGGUAUGGUAGAAGCCUGGGCCUCUGGUCUGACUUGGCGAGAAAUUAUGAUGGAUUGCCCAAUGGAUGAGGGAGAUCUAGCUCGACUCUUACGACGGACUAUAGAUAUUUUAGCUCAAAUUCCGAAGUUGCCAGAUAUUGACCCGGUCCUGCAGAGCAAUGCAAUGACAGCAUCAGGUGUCAUGGACCGUUCACCAAUUAGUGAGCUAGCAGGAUAAUGUUAUUAUCUUCUGUUGAAAUGAAAUGAAUUGACACAUGGACAGAGAAUUUUUCCUUAACAGGUGUGCAUAUUGAUUAUUGGAUGCCCAAAUAUCAAGGAUAGCACUCUUUACUGCUGUAACAUAUGUUUGUCAUAAUCUUAGAUGCAUCAUUCUCCAAAAGAUUUAGGCACAUUUGUUCUUAAGCCCUCAUGAGUCAUGAGAAAGUGGAAAAAAGUAUAUCUAGGCCUAUAGCCAAUCUUGGAGGCAAGGUAUAUCUGUGGUUCAGUGUAUAACAAAAUCAGACAUGUACGCUUGAAGCUAGAAGAUUAACUUACAGGUGUACACAACAUAGAUUUUGAACUAUUUUUUAGAGCCAAAUUCCUGUAGCUUGGCUGUAAAUGUAUGAGGCCUUCAGGGAACUACACUUCCUUUGACGUAUAGUACAAAGGUCAGAUACAGUCAUACAGAUGCUGUUGUAGCUUUUGUGUGUGGUCCGAAUGUAGAAUUACUUGUAAUGUGCGGGAGUUUUGAAAAGAAAUAGGAAAAAUUCACAUGAAUAAUCCUAACUAUUGAGCAUCUUCCAAUAAUAAUCCUAACUAUGAGUUAUUCUAGUAUAA